AUGGACAAAAGUUGGAUGAGUGAAGGUGAUAGACUUCUAUCACCUGUUUACGCUGAAGGGGUUAAAAAUUUCUUAACAAUGGCACGAACCCAUUCCAUGGGAAGUGAUCGCAUUCGGUGUCCAUGCCGUAUAUGCUGUAAUAAUCUCUUCUUGCCUAUAUUUGAGGUGGAGUCUCACUUGUUCAUAAAAGGGAUAGAUCCAAACUACACCCAGUGGAUAUUUCAUGGGGAGGAGGAAACUCUCCCCAUCAUUGACGAUGAUGACGAUCUGGAAGUUGAAAGUGGAGACGACUACAUUGAUGACAUGGACCGUAUGUUUGAUGACAUACGGGCAGCCACAUGCGGAGAUGCUCCUGAUGACAACACUACAUCACCAACUCACUCAGCAAUACCACAGUCCUCCCCAACCCCAACUUUUGACCAACUAUUAGAGGAUGCCCGACGUCCUCUUUUUGAUGGCUGCACGAAAUUCUCAAAGCUCUCUUUCAUGGUGAAGUUGUUACACAUUAAAACACUUGGUGGGUGGUCAAUCAAGUCUUUUGAUAUGCUCCUAAGCCUUCUGCGGUCAGCCUUUCCUAAUGCUGAAUUGCCACAAUCAUAUGAGGAGGAAAAUGCUAAUCUUAAUGAGUGCCCUAUCUGUAAGGCUUCGCGAUGGAUGCCAAAUACACACGGGUCACGAGUGAUCCCUCAAAAAGUGCUUAGGCAUUUUCCUUUGAAGCCAAGAUUGCAGCGUCUCUUUGUGUCAAGCAAGAUAGCAGGUGACAUGAGAUGGCAUAAGGAGCAGCGGGUCACCGAUGACACUAGUAUGAGACAUCCUGCUGACUCAGAGUCCUGGAAGACAUUUGAUCAAGCUCACCCCAGAUUUGCUAGGGAUGCUCGCAAUGUUAGGCUCGGUUUGGCAAGCGACGGAUUUAAUCCAUUCAACAAUCUGGCUAAACCUUAUAGCAUUUGGCCAGUGAUUCUUGUCCCGUAUAACUUACCGCCGUGGUUAUGCAUGAAAGACAUGUUCUUCAUGACAUCCCUCAUUAUCCCUGGUCCAAAAUCACCAGGAAAUGAUCUUGAUGUUUAUUUGCAACCGUUAAUUGAUGAGUUACUUGAACUCUGGGAGCAUGGGGUACCUACAUAUGAUGCAUCUACUAAGGAAAUGUUCAUGUUACAUGCUGCCUUAUUGUGGACAAUCAAUGACUUUCCUGCCUACGGAAAUCUAUCUGGGUGGUCAACAAAAGGGAAAAUGGCAUGUCCAUCUUGCAAUGCACAAACAGAUUCCAACUGGUUGAAGUAUGGUAGGAAACAUUGUUACAUGGGACAUCGACGUCUCUUACCGAGAGAUCACAUUUGGCGAACGAGAAAAUGGUUGUUUAACGGUAAAGAAGAUCUUCGCAUGCCCCCAACAAUGGUUGAAGGAGCGGAUCUUUUAACUCAAUUACAAAUGCUUGGAGAUAUUCAAUUUGGAAAAUCUUGUAGGAAGAGGAAACGCACUGCAGAGGAGUUGAACUGGACUAAGAAAAGCAUCUUCUUCAAACUACCUUAUUGGUCAACUUUGCGGCUUAGACAUAAUCUAGAUGUUAUGCAUAUUGAGAAGAAUAUUUCCGAGAACAUUUUGGGCACUCUUAUGAACAUUCCUGGCAAGACAAAAGAUAACACUAAUUCACGGCGUGAUCUAGAGAUCUUGGGCUUCAGAAAGGAAUUACAUUUGAAACGUGAAGGUGAGCGUGUUACAAUGCCACAUGCAGCAUACACAUUACAUGGAGAUGAAAGGAAUAAAUUCUGUGCGUGGCUUGCUGAGGUUAAAUAUCCAGAUGGGUUCGCUGCCAAUAUCACUCAUUGUGUAUCUGUACGGGAUUCCAAAAUCUCUGGGCUCAAAAGCCAUGACCAUUAUGUUUUUUUGCAAACACUACUUCCUAUUGCUGUGGGGGGGUUCUUAAAGAGGGAUAUUGCUUUGGCUUUGACUGAACUUAGUAGUUUCUUCAAAGAGUUGUGUGCCCGAACACUAGAUGUGAAUCGUCUAUCAAAGCUUCAACUUGAUAUCGUCACCAUUUUAUGCAAAUUGGAGAUGAUAUUCCCUCCAUCCUUUUUCGAUGUUAUGGUCCACCUAGCUAUACACUUACCCCGUGAGGCCAUUCUCGGAGGUCCAGUUCAAUAUCGGUGGAUGUACCUGUUUGAGAGGUUUCUCGGGAAAUUCAAGCGGUAUGUUAAGAAUAAAGCCCGUCCAGAAGGAUCAAUAGCGGAAGCCUGGGUUCACAUCGAGUGUUUGACAUUUUGCUCCAUCUAUCUCCAAGAUGUGGAGACGAAGUUUAAUCGACCAGAUCGCAACAUUGAUGGUGUUGAAGAGGAGAGUAUAGAUGGGUUCAAAAUUUUCAACCAGAAACUUCGUCCUUUGGGUAUAGCUAAUAAUGUGCAAUUAGAAGAUAAACACCAUGCUGCAGCCAUUUGGGAACACUAUGACAAAUGCAAGGUGUCAAACCCGAAUUCUAUAGAGCGCACACAACAAACUGAGUUUCCCAUUUGGUUCAAGCAACGUGUUCUGGACCAGCGUAGCAACAAUCCACUUGAUGUGUCCCCAGAUUUGUAUGCGUUAGCUUGCGGACCUGAUCGGUGGAUUGCAUCAUAUGCUGCUUGUAUUAUAAAUGGUAAACGGUUCCAUACGAAGUCUCGUGAACUUCGCCGACGUUCACAAAAUUCUAGGGUUUUGGUAACUGGUGACCAAGAUACUGAUAAUGUAGACUUUUAUGGUAUUAUCAAUGAUGUUGUGGAGUUACACUACAUGGGGGGUCGUAGAGUGUACUUGUUCAGCUGUGAUUGGUUUGAUGUUGGUGACAAAAAACGGGGGGUACGAGUAGACGAUCAUUUAACUAGUCUCAAUAUGAAUAGGACUUGGUAUAAAGACGAACCAUAUGUGUUGGCAUGCCAGGCUUCCCAGUGUUUUUACAUUAGGGAUCUAAGGGAGAAAGGGAAUUGGUAUGUUGUGCAGAAGUACAAUAAUAGGAAUGUGUAUGAUAUUCCACCAGUGCAGAGGGUUGUAGAAAGCAUUGAUGGUGAAUCGAGUGACGAUGAUGCCUAUCAAGAGAAUGAGUCCCCAUAUGACUAUCCACUUUUGCAUUGUGAUGCAUGUCCAGUGUCAACUCCACUUAGUAGGACUAAUAUAGAACCUUCCCUUAUUGAGCCACGAGACCAGAUGGAGUCGGGUGGUAAUAGCAGAAUUUUGGGAGAUUUUAUUGAUGAUGCUAUGGCUCCAUCUGGUUCUGGAGAUGCUUAUGGUGAUUGGGAAUAUUCAGAUGAUGAUGACCCAUCCACCGAGGAAGAGCCUGACUCAGAAUAA